AUGUCGCGAAGAACUAAAAAGGUCGGCUUGACCGGGAAGUACGGAACGAGGUACGGAUCUUCCCUCCGUAAGCAAAUUAAGAAAAUCGAGCUUAUGCAACAUGCCAAGUAUAUGUGCAGCUUCUGUGGAAAGACGGCAACAAAAAGAACCUGUGUAGGAAUAUGGCAGUGCAAGAAAUGUAAAAGAAAGGUGUGUGGAGGAGCCUGGAGUUUAACCACCCCCGCAGCAGUCGCAGCCAAGUCCACGAUCAUUAGAUUGAGAAAGCAAAAGGAAGAGGCUCAGAAAUCAUAA